CUCUUCUUUCUCAUUCUUGAAACUGAAUCUGAAGUUGAAGGCCAAGAGAAAAUGGCCCAUUACCAUAACGACUAUAAAAAGAAUGAUGAGGUGGAGUUUGUCCGAACUGGCUAUGGGAAGGAUAUGAUAAAAGUUCUCCAUAUUCAGCGAGAUGGGAAAUAUCACAGCAUUAAAGAGGUGGCAACUUCUGUGCAACUUACUCUGAGCUCCAAAAAAGAGUACCUCCAUGGAGAUAACUCAGACGUCAUCCCUACAGACACCAUGAAGAACACAGUUCAUGUCUUGGCAAAGUUCAAGGGGAUCAAAAGCAUAGAAGCCUUUGCUAUGAGUAUCUGUGAGCAUUUCCUUUCUUCUUUUAACCAUGUCAUCCGAGUUCAAGUCUACAUGGAAGAAGUCCCUUGGAAGCGUUUUGAAAAGAAUGGAGUUAAGCAUGUCCACGCAUUUAUUCACACUCCCACUGCAACGCGCUUCUGUGAGGUAGAACAGAUGAAGAACGCACCUCCAGUCAUUCAUUCUGGAAUCAAAGGCCUCAAGGUCUUGAAAACCACCCAGUCUGGAUUUGAAGGAUUCAUCAAGGACCAGUUCACCACCCUCCCUGAGGUGAAGGACCGGUGCUUUGCCACCCAAGUGUACUGCAAGUGGCGCUACCACCAGUGCAGAGACGUGGAGUUUGACGCUACCUGGGACACAGUUCAGGACAUUAUCCUAGAGAAAUUUGCUGGACCCUAUGACAAAGGCGAGUACUCUCCCUCUGUCCAGAAGACCCUUUAUGACAUCCAGGUGCUCUCCCUGAGCCAGGUUCCUGAGAUAGAAGAUAUGGAAAUCAGCCUGCCAAACAUUCACUACUUUAACAUAGACAUGUCCAAAAUGGGACUGAUCAACAACGAAGAGGUUUUGCUACCAUUAGAUAAUCCAUAUGGCAGAAUUACUGGUACCGUCAAGAGGAAGCUGACUUCAAGGCUGUGACAUUGUAGCCACCAGUGGGAGUCCACUCUCAGCUGAGGAGUUCCUUAAGCCACUUGUGAUGCUGGCAGUCAUAGCCAGUAGCCAUGCAAAUUUUCAACCUCGUAUGUUAAUUGAUAGUGUUCAUUUUCAUCCUAUAAAAGAAUUCUUCUACACCUAGCUCAGCAAGGUGUUUUGUGAUUAGUAAUUAUGACACGCUUUAUGGAUGCAAUUUACUUCACAAAUGCUGAGCAGUAUUUCUUUAAUCAUAAAUCAGUAUUUCUUUUUAGUUAUCUUGUGCCUUCCUAUCUUAGAGAAGCUUUAGAAUCAAUUCGCUAAGAAAAUAUUUAUGAAUUAAUGGAGGUGUCAUAUCAAUUAAUUUGUGCACAAGUUUAAGAAGCAAGUUUCAUCCUACUGAUGUUAAAACUUUGCUUCUGGGUAAUGCAGAAAAUAUAAUGACAAAAUCGUAUUUUGAAAAAUAUCAUCAUUAUGACUUCAAUUGUAUUGAAUAUUUGAAUAUUUAAAAAUGCUGUAGCAAAUGUAUCAUUGGGAGUUUAUUUGUACUCUAAAAGUACUUUUGUAAUCUUAAUGCAUUGGUUUUAUGACUUACACAACUCUUAGAGAAUAUUUAGUACACAUUGGGGCACCGAGAAAAAGUGUAAAUUGUUUUCCUUUGAAUAAUGCAUCACUUUGGCACAAACAGCCACAUUUAAUAAAUGCUAAAUCAAGACACAGAUGGAUGAAGAUGUAUAUAGAAAGAAGACUAGAUAUAUGAAAAUAUCAGCAAUGAUGAUUUCUGGAUGGUGGGAUUAUGAGUGAUGUUUAUUUUUUGCCAUGUAAUUUUCUGAAUCUUCCAAAUGUGAACAUUUAUUACUAUUUUCAGAGAAAUAAAUAUAAUUGAUGAUUUAAAGAU